AUCCUGACACACUCUGCCAAGUCCCAAACAACUGAGAAGAGACGACUUGAAAUCAUCAUCCAGAGAUGGCAAAGAUUUUCAAGAAGACCAGUGGAAAUGGAGGGGUCGCUGACCCUCUACCUGGGAAAGAGGGACUACGUGGACCAUGUCGGCCAGGUUGACCGAGUUGAUGGCGUUGUGAAGGUGGACCCAACAGAUUUUGGAGACAAAAAAGCUUUUGUGCAGCUGGCCUGUGCCUUCCGUUACGGUACCGAGGAUCUGGAUUUCAUGGGCCUGUGCUUCCGGAAGGACAUCUGGAUCAACCAGAUCCAGAUCUACCCUGAUCCCAGCAAGCCUGAGCUGAGCGCCAUGCAUGACACUCUAAUGAAGAAGGCAGGAGAUAACUCAUACCCGUUCACUUUUGAGAUUCCAACAAAUCUUCCAUGCUCAGUGUCUCUGCAGCCUGGACCUGAUGAUAAAGGAAAGGCUUGUGGUGUUGACUUCGAAGUGAAGGUUUACCUUGCCAAGGAGAAAAACCCUGAGGAAAAAGUGGAAAAGAAGGACAGUGCUCGCCUCGUCAUCCGCAAAAUCCAGUAUGCGCCCAAUCAGGUGGGCGCCGGGCCCAAGGCAGACAUCUGCAAAAGCUUCAUGAUGUCCGACAAACCAGUUCACCUGGAAGCAUCGAUGGAAAAAGAUCUCUACUUUCAUGGAGAAUCCAUACCCAUCAAAAUCAAGAUCAAUAAUGAAAGCAACAAAGUGGUAAAGAAAAUAAGAAUCACUGUGGACCAAACCACAGACAUUGUCAUCUACGCAGCAGACAGAUACACCAAGACUGUUCUUUCCCAAGAGUUUGGAGAGACAGUCGACUCCAAUAGCACAUUCGAAAAGUCCCUGAGCAUUACACCCAAGCUGUCUGAAAACAAGGAGAAAAGGGGCCUGGCUCUGGAUGGACGGCUGAAGGACGAGGACACUAACUUGGCCUCCACCACCAUGCUGCGACCGGGUUUAGACAAAGAGGGGUUGGGUAUUCUGGUUACCUACAAGAUUAAAAUUAACCUGAUGGUGGCCGGAGGAGGCCUGCUUGGUGGCCUCACUUCCAGUGAUGUCUCAGUGGAGCUGCCACUUAGCCUGAUGAGCGCCAAGCCAGAAGAGUAAAGGCUCAACAUCACUAGAGGAAGUUACUCUGCAGGUUGAGAAGACACCAGCAGAAAGAUGAAAGACAACAAAGAGAAGAGACAAGAGAUGCAGAAGAAGGAGAAGAAGAAUGAGAAGAAGAACGAGAAAGUGACUGGUGUCCUCAAAAGAAAUUAUAAUAAGCGAAGUGACAACCUUAAUAACACAACCAGGAUAUAAGAUGCAAUGUCAAACACCUUGCAAAUUUUCCCUUUUUUUUGUGCUUGUUGUUUAUGUUUUUGUCGUCAAAGAAUUGUUAGCUGUAGAGAGCAAAGCUGAGUCCAACACAAGGCUCCUGUAGAACCAUACACAGAAGAGAAGAUAAGAUUUUUUUUGUCUCGUUUGACUGUACGGGAUGCAUAAAAUCAGAAAGCAGGUCAAGGCUCACAAAGGCCACAGUGUUUUCUAAUCUCUUAAUGGAGUAUUGCAUUUAAUUUACCAGAUUAUGGCUGUGAUUUGACUCAUAAAGUAUCCAAACGUACAUUAAAAUAAAUUUUGAAAACAAA